AUAUCUUUGUGUAUUGUGAUUAAAUUAAAUCUUUUAACAAUUUUCUUUCAAAACACCAAUCCAUUUAUUGAAUUUCCAGCUGAUAUUGACUCCCAGAACCUGCAGAAAAGCCGUUUUCCUAUCGCCAUUUUUGAAGUGAGACAGACUAAACAGAGUUCGCUCACCAUGAGUAACUACAAGCCUGGAGCGUACGGCCGUAACUACAACUACAACUACUCCUCGGCUCCUGCGCGACCGGCGGCCGUCCAGCCACCGCCGCCGGGCGCCCAGAAGAGCAAGCAUGGCUACAGCACCAUGUCAUCCAUUGCCAGCGGCGCGCUGGCCACCUACAACUUCAACGCGCCCAAACGCAAAAUACGCACCGAGGAGGAAUAUUUCGACUCUGACGGCGAGGGUGAGGAGGGCCAGUCGAGCGCCGGCAUGGCGUACAUCCCGGCGCCGGGCAGCCCCUCCGCCUCUGACCGGAGGCGGGUGGGAGGCGGGUCCGCCUCCGCUGCCAAGGACGACUCGGAUUCGGAGGAGGACACGCUAGAUGCGUUCAUGGCGUCAAUAGAUCAGCAGGCCGGUAAAGGCAAAGGCGGAAAGGCAAGUGCCAAGAAACCGCCGGCGAAGGGGGUCCGAGACGACAUCGAAGGAGAAGACGACCACGAGUCGUUCUUCAGGUACAUGGAGGAGAACCCGAACGCGGGCACCCACAACGACGAAUCGGACCAGGAGAUUGAGUACGACGCAGAGGGCAACCCCAUCGUGCCCGUCAAAUCCAAGUACAUCGACCCGCUGCCUCCGAUCGACCAUACUCAACUCAAGUACGAGGACUUUGUCAAGAACUUCUACAUCGAGCCGGAUGACAUCGGCGCCCUGUCCUUGCUGGAAAUCGACCAGCUCAGGCACAAACUGGGGAUCAAGGUGUCUGGCCCCCUGCCGGCGCGACCGGUCACAUCGUUCGCCCAUUUCGGCUUCGACGAGAGUCUGAUGAAAGCGAUCAGGAAGAUGGAGUACACCCAGCCCACUCCGAUCCAGAGCCAGGCGGUGCCUGUUGCGCUCGGCGGCAGGGAUGUCAUCGGUAUCGCUAAGACGGGCUCUGGUAAAACGGCUGCCUUCCUGUGGCCGAUGCUGGUUCACAUCAUGGACCAGCCGGAGCUGAGGCCAGGGGACGGACCCAUCGGUCUGGUACUGGCACCCACCAGGGAGCUGUCACAGCAGAUCUACUCGGAAGCGAAGCGGUUCGGCAAGGUGUACAACAUCCACGUGGUAUGCUGCUACGGCGGCGGCUCCAAGUGGGAGCAGUCCAAGGCACUGGAGGCGGGCGCCGAGAUUGUCGUCGCCACGCCAGGUCGGAUGAUCGACAUGAUCAAGAUGAAGGCGACCAACCUGCUGCGCGUCACCUACCUAGUCAUGGACGAGGCCGACAAAAUGUUCAACAUGGGCUUCGAGCCACAGGUGCGCUCCAUCUGCGACCACGUGCGGCCCGACCGGCAGACCCUCCUCUUCAGUGCCACGUUCAAGAAACGCGUCGAACGGCUGGCGAGAGACGUGCUCACCGACCCCGUGCGCAUCGUGCAGGGUGACCUGGGUGAAGCCAAUGAGGACGUGACGCAGCACGUGGUUGUGAUUGGCGCCGGCGCGCCCAAGUGGGCCUGGCUCAUGUCCCGCCUGGUGGCCUUUACAUCCGAGGGCAGCGUGCUCAUCUUCGUCACCAGGAAGGCGAACAGUGAAGAGCUGGCCAAUAACCUGAGGAAGCAGGACUUCAAACUGGAGCUGAUUCAUGGAGACAUUGAUCAGUCGGAGCGGAAUCGAAUCAUCACAGCGUUCAAGCAGAAGUCGGUGCCGAUCCUGGUUGCCACAGACGUGGCGGCCCGAGGUCUCGACAUCCCGCAUAUUCGUACAGUCGUAAACUAUGACGUGGCGCGGGAUAUUGACACGCACACGCACCGUAUCGGCCGAACAGGUCGAGCCGGCCAGAAGGGAUCGGCCUACACUCUCAUCACGACCAAGGACAAGGACUUUGCCGGCCACCUGGUGCGAAACCUGGAGGGCGCUGGCCAGGACGUGCCUGAGCAACUGAUGGAGCUGGCAAUGCAGAACGCCUGGUUCCGCAAGUCACGCUUCAAGUCAGGCGAAGGCAAGAACUUGAACGUGGGAGGUCGCGGCCUGGGCUACCGCGAGCGGCCCGGCCUGGCAGCGCCCUCAGAACCCACAGAGCCGGCCGCGGCGCCUGUGGGCGGUACGUAUGGCGCCCCGGCGGCCGAACAAGUGCACCAGGCCGGACCACCGGACAGUAACGCACCCAGCGGCCGCGGUCCGGCCAGCGAGCGGCUCUCGGCCAUGAAACAGGCCUUCAAGGCACAGUACAUGUCAACGUUCACGGCCGCGAAGGACACCUCCUGGCAAAAGACCAACUACCCCGGCUUCGUGUCGACGGGCACCGGCGGUGCGUCGGCGUCCACCGACCAGUCGUCGAUCGACGGGGAGCAGCCCAAACGACGGAAAAAGAGCCGCUGGGAGUGAGGGGCGCCGACGCUGCAGAGACGGACAGGUCCCGUGUGGAGACGGGCGGGAACGACUGAUAGUCCAGGAGGGACGGAUUUGCACAUCGGACGGGUGGGACUGUGUGGCUGGAUGGAGAAGGGAAGCGGUGCCUAGAAACGUCGGUAAGCGUGGGAGAUAGUCGCACUCCCGCGCUGCUAGCGAGCCUGACGGAAAAGAGCGUGCUCUCAGAGGGUCGAAGCGACUCCUGGGUCGAACCCGGUGAGAAGAAACCGCCCCCGGCUGGCUUCAUCCCUAAGCUACAGUUAACGGCCUGUUUAAGGCUUGGUCCGCAAUUAAUGCCCGAUAGAGGACUGAAUACGGUCCCACGCUCUGCGUGCUGGACAAGUUGCCUGUCGUGUUGUGCAGACUAUUUGUAUAGUCGUGUGGGUUAAUCAACGUUCAUCGAGGCUCUGCGUGCUGUUGCUUCAGAGGUUGUCUCGUGGAUAACUUCUACACGAGCGAGACCCGCUCCCUGUAACUGGAACGCCUAGUGCGGGAGCCAAUACACAUCGCACUUCCAUCCCA